AUGGAAGUUCUGGAUACGACCGUUGACCUGGGGACCCUACGGGGCAAAGGGGCCCUCAUCACUGGUGGUGCUUCCGGCAUCGGGUUGGCCACGGCGCGAGCAUGGGCAGCAGCUGAGACCGGGCAGAACAUCCUCGCGGGCCUAGUAGGCGGACACGUCCACUACGUCUGCUGCGAUGUGACCUCGUGGGAGAGUCAAAUAACAGCCUUCCAAGAGGCAAUUCAAUUCACCCCUUCGAAGGCCCUUGACAUUGUGGCUGCCUUUGCAGGCGUCUCCUUUACAGGUGGAAAUCAGGUUGACCACGUCUUGGCCGCUGGUGAUCCUCGACUGGACGUAAAUCCACCCCCCCCGGAUAUUCGCAACAUCCAGGUGAACUUGAUCGGCGUUUACUAUACCUCGUGGCUGGGUCUGUAUUACAUGCGCCUUUCCCCGACAGAUGAAGCCUCCAAUCCGUCAGCCAACAAGUCACUGAUCCUCAUGGGUUCCAUCGGAUCGUACAUGGACAGCCCCCAGGUCUCAACCUAUCCCGCCAGCAAGUUUGGCGUCCGGGGUUUGUUUCGCAGCACUCGUGCUCGCACGCAGGAGCUGGGAGUGCGCUGUAACCUUCUUGCGCCUUGGUUCAUCGACACACCGCUGAUUGCGCCUAUGAAGAACGCUAUGGCUGCUCGAGGAAUCGACAUGGCGCAGAGGUUGACGUUUGCGAGCGUCGACGCCUGCGUGGAGGCAGCCAAUGCUUGCGCUGCUAAUUCCCAGCUGCACGGUCGGGCACUCGCUAUCCAGCCCGAGGGAAUCUUUGACCUUAAGGAUGACCUGGAGGAUGGUUGGGGAGGUGAUCAACUACGGCCAAUUAUGCAGCGCCGACGGGAAGCAGGUUUUGAUGCUUGA